AUGGCGCCCCCGAGCCUCUCGCGGGCUCUGGGCCUGGGCCUGCUCGCGCUCUGCCUCCUGGCGCUGCCCGGUGACGCCCGUGCCCGCCCGGCGGAACGCAGAGUCGGAGAACGCCAGAACCUGUCACUCAGUGACCCCCAGGUGCAGAAGGCAGCGCAGGCGGCCGUGGCCAGCUACAACAUGGGCAGCAACAGCCUCUACUACUUCCGCGACACCAGGAUCCUCAAGGCCCAGAGUCAGCUGGUGGCCGGCAUCAAGUACUACCUGACCCUGGAGAUGGGGAGCACAGCCUGCCGGAAGAACGUGGCCACCGGAGAUGGCGUAGAUGUCACUACCUGCCCCCUGGCCACAGGCGUGCAGGAGGAGAAACUGCGCUGUGACUUCGAGAUCCUGGUGGUCCCCUGGCAGAAUUCCUCCCAACUUCUAAAGCAUAACUGUGUGACCAUAACCUAG